AUGCGGAGCCAGCCAAACACACUGCUAAAAUACGUUGAUUCGAGGUUUAAAAUGACCACUAUCCAUAGACUGGCCAUGCUAUAUCUGAAUGACGUUGUACUCCGAGUCCCGAAAAAGACGGUGGAUUGGAACUCGGAUCCCGGCCAGGACCUAUCAGAGUCCAUCAGUACUGAAAUCGCGAUCCUCAAGAAUGAGCAUCUUCGGAAACACGAGAACAUCAUCGACAUGGUUGGUAUCUGCUGGAGUGUAUACAGCGACCGCAUUGUGAUGCCUGUUCUUGUGCUGGAGACGGCCCAAGGCGGCGAUUUAUGGGGGUAUCUUCAGAGUUCGACGGAGCUCGAUGCGAGGGACAGACUGCGUCUGGCCAUCCAUUGCUAUCAAGGCUUACUUGCUCUUCACACUGUCGGCGUCAUCCACGCAGACCUGAAGCCAGAAAAUAUCCUGGUGUUCAUCGACGAACAAGGCAGGCCAUGCGCAAAGCUUACCGAUUUUGGCUGCUCCCUUCUUGUUUCCAACCUACACGGACCAACCAAGCUCGAAUCAGGAACUCCUUUGUGGCAAAGUCCCAAAGUCUUGGAGUCCCUCAGCCAUCAAGGUCUGCGUCAAGCUGAUAUCUAUUCUUUGACGCUUGUGGCAUCACUUCUAUUAGUUGGGCCUUUCAUGUAUACGGUGCUUGAGGAGGCGCAGAAGUCAGGUGAUGGCAAAGAGUCACUGCAUAAGCUCAAAACUGACGAUGGUGCUCUCGCAAGCUUUAUCAGAAAGCAAAAGGAUACUAAUGACUCGUCGGGCGCACGUGUUUUCACGGACGAAGUAUCGGGUCUCAUCUCCGAGUUCUUCGACUUAAUGCUCUCCGGCGAAGAUGAGCUUCAGGCUGGAGCGGCACGACCCAUCAAGCUACUGAGGACUAUGCUCCACCAUGAGAUUACAUCUGCCGCUAAACACAAUGUCCGAGUCCUUGAGACUUUGGAUAGGCUUGAAGAAGACGUCUCUCUCAGCCCUGGUAACAGUAUACCAUUAGGUGAAGCUGAGGACGUGAUAUGCCGGUCCACUGCGGCGACAGACAGACAACGAGAGCUGGAUCCCGAACCUACCAUACCACUACUCCAUCACCCUUAUCCAGAAUUGUGUCAAAUAUAUACAGAAAAGACGAAGCGGAGAGUGGAGGACGGGAGGCAUGUAACCCUGAUUCCUCGGCCAGAAAGGACGAUUUCGAUCAAUACAUACUUUAGCAGGCUCAGACGACUUCCUGGCCAAGUUACUACCGCAAUAAUUGCUCAGAUAAGGGAGAUCGCUGACUCAGACGCAUACUGCGAAACCUCACGAUCCCUCGCGGCAUAUGCAAUGGCAACAUGGCUCAUUGGGAUUCACCGGUCCGCUGCCAAUUCCGCACCGUCACUUAGCGAAGCCGGACAAUAUCUUGUAAUUGCCGCCAAGCUUGGACAUGGAGGGGCCCGCGCUAUUCUGGGACAGGUACUGGAUUGGGUAGGGAUGCCGAAUCCUAUUGAAUCAAAGGUUGAGGAAGGAUGGCUCUACGAUCUGGCUGUUCUUGGAGAUCGACGUUCUUUAAAGCGAUUGAGUUCAGAAAGAUGCGCUGAAGUAAUGAGGGAUCGGAUGUCAUCGCUGAAUGCACGAAUUAAAGAGGAAGCAGACAUCUCUGCGCCUUCAGAUCAGGCGUUUUCGGAAAGCGACCAGCUCAAAGACAGCGACGAACUGAGAGGACGCCUCCCACUCAUCUGCAGAUACUUGGUUGGCAAGAGCUGGCAUGUCAGCUUGCAAAAGAUUCUCGACUUACCGGGCUUCAUGGAUGCCGACCUGUGUGUUUCUCUUCUGAUGGAAGCUUGUCAACAGGGUGACUAUAGGAUUGCCAAGGUUCUCAUCGAGCACGAUACGCCGCUAAGGGAUGAAGCCUCCGGACUAACACCAAUGCAUUUCUUGGCCCAUUUUGGAGACGAGGACAUGCUUCCUUUAGCACGGCAGAUCAAAGACAGAGGUGUCGAUCUAGAAGCCCGAUGCAACCUCCCUGCGCAAUGCACCUUUGGCCAACUCGAUUUGCGAGACACCCUUGUUGAUGCGACGCCUCUGCUGUUUGCGGUGGCACAGUCGAGCCUCACAGCAGUUUCUGUGCUUGUUUCCCUGGGCGCGGAUCCAUUCAACGGAGCCGAGAAGUAUGAACCGCACACAGGAACUAUGUCUGCUCAGAAACGUGGGAGGACAUACUCGCCAGUCCAUUUUGCCGCAAGACUACACAUGUCAGAAAUCCUUCGCGCCCUGUUACCUGAUGACAAGGAAUACGGACAGUUGUGGGAUUGGAUGUGUUAUGAAACGCACUCGCUAAAAGUCACUCCGCUCUGGUGUGCCGUCGACUACUGGUACCAGGGCCUGUACGAUCGGGUAUUAAUGCAUGGGAAGGAUCACAUCAAGAGAUGCGAGGAGACUAUUACUUUCCUGUUGAAACGUGGAAGCCAAGGCCACGCAGUCAGUUGGGACGUCGUCACCCAGGUCAAACAUUCCGUGUUCACAGCAGCGACCUUGUACGGCCAACCGUUUGUGCUGAAUCAUCUGCGAUCUUUAGACAUUCAGCCCACUACGAAGAAUCUCAUCAGAACACUUCAGAUUGCCCUUGAUGUCGAGGACUUGACGGCGGUUGAGUACCUCCUGCCACUUGCCGAAAGAGAGACUCGAGACUCAGACUCGGCCUUUGAGCUUCAAGCAUCGAUUCAAGGUCACAAAAUUGCAGACUUCAUCAGCCAUUUAUACGAUAUCAAGGAACGCCUCGAGUCGAACGCAAGGUCAAAACUCAAGCUUGAUUUAAUCAGGGAUCCGCCACUCAAAGAAACCAUUGGCCCGGAUGCCGGCCAGGAUAUCCUCCAGCAGAAGGCUUCUCAGGGAGGCUUCAAGAUGUCGUUCACUAUACGGGCCGGGCCUGGUGGGCGCAGCAUCAUGGAACGCACAGGCGAGCCAAGCUUGAUGCCGCCCAAAGGUACGCCUUUACCCAUCGAAGCAGAUGACAGUGACAUUUCUGCCUUCGAGAUGGCCGUCAUGGGUGGGUACGAGGCGCGUGCCCGCGAACUAUACGAAAGCGAGCAAUGUGACGUGUCAUGCCGCCGCGUAGAUGAGGACGGCGAUGAGACUACCCUCCUAGCACGUCUCAUCCGCAAGAGCCGCAAGUACAGCAACUUCGACAAUCAAAUUCUUUUUCUUCUCGAGCUUACUCCCCCCAGCGCAGAAGAAUUCUUCCGUGCAUGUAUACCUUCAGGAUCAACUGCCAACGAAGGGUUAUCUAUUCUUCACAUGUCUGUCAUUCUCGACGAGUCUCAAACAGAGUUCAGGCCCCGCGCCCCGCGCCAACUUGUUUCUGCCAUCAUUGAGAAGUACCCAGAACCGGAAUAUCUGAACGCGAUGAAUGCGGAGUUUGGCGCUGCUGUACAUAUAGCAGUCGAGACGGGUAAUCUGGAUGCACUUAAGGAACUUGAACAUGAAGACGUUGAGUGGAAUCUUCUAAACCGGCAAGGCGAAACACCCCUCGACAUCACGGCCCGGCGGCUGCUGAACGUGCAUACAUUUCUACAGCAGAGCCGCCACCUUCAAAGGCUAGAACAGCCCGAGGAGUACGAAGCAGCAGUGAGUAAGUACCGGGCGAAUGAACAGCGCACGAAGAGCUUUCUACAAGGGAGGGGUGGAAGAUACGAAAAGUACAACGGGUUUAUGCACAGGAGGAGCGAGACAGUAUGGGACCUUGAGAACUUCACGGUCUCGGGUAGCAUGCAAGUCAACGUCGCGGAGCACUUGGCGAUCCUUGAAAGCCGUUCGGUUGGCGAGAAUGAACCAAGUGUAGCGGCUCAUCUACGUAAACUAAGAGCUUGGACGGUGACUCGAGAUUGGUGUAGCCAUACUGAUGGUACAGCUGUGGCUAGAGAUUGGUGUAAGUUCUGCGAAAGAUGGCUAUUUUCGUCCUUUUUAGUUAGAUGA